GCCCAGUCAGGCCGGAUUUCCUGUCUAAACCCUGCCCUUUAAAGUUAUCACUCCAACUUUCUGACCUGCUGUGUACAGAAACCAGAGACACUGAGGGAUCCCGAGGGAUCUGGGGUGCUGAAAGACUAGGGACGGGAGGAUGGCGGUUCUUCUCCCGGGAGCUACUUGGAGAAUGCUGCUGCAAUGGCCGCUGCCGCUGCUGCUGCUGCUGCUACUGCUGUUGCUGUUGCUACCCCCACUGGCCAUGCUGCGGCAGCAGAGGUCUUGGGAUGCCAGGCCAUCCUGGCUGACCCGCCUCCAACACCAGGUGGCCUGGGGGGCACUGGGCUUGGCAGCCGCCUGGCACCAUCGGAAACUGGGACAGAGCACACUGCACGUGGGCCAGAGCCAGCAGCAGGCCCUCGAGUGGUGUCUGAAGAAAGCCCAGGGUCCCUGCUGUCCCCCCAAGGGGAGCACAGACCUGAGCACCUUCCGGAGUCAUCGCCCACUGACCAAAACCAGCCAAGCCAAGGAGGAAGAGAGUGAAGAGAAGCUCCCGCCCCCUGCCUCACCCCAGUAUCAUGGAGAGGCUUCUCUGCAGGCCACCCUGCUGGGUCUAGUCACCCUAAACAAGGCCUACCCAGAAGUACUGACGCCAGGAAGUACGGCCUGUGUGACCCCUACAUCCCCAUGGCCCAACUCUGUCCCCUGGCUCAGGCAUGCCCUGGGCCGGGUAAGCCCCCUUGGAGCCAAGGACUCUCGGACCCUGCUGCUGGAGGCACUGAUAUCCCCAGGGCUGAGGGCCCUGGAGGCAAGGACUGCAGUGGAGCUCCUGGAUGUCUUUGUGGGCCUGGAGGCAGAGGGCAAUGAACUGGCUGAGGCCAUAGCAGCCGGGAACCUAGGAAGGCCUCUCCCUAGCCGAGCAUCUGAACUACAGGAAGCCCUGGAGCAGGGGCCCCGGGGAUUAGCCCUGCGGCUGUGGCCAAAACUGCAGGUGGUGGUGACCCUGGAUGCAGGAGGCCAAGCAGAAGCUGUCGCUGCCCUCAGGGCCUUGUGGUGCCAAGGGCUAGCCUUCUUUUCUCCUGCUUAUGCUGCUUCUGGAGGGGUGAUGGCCCUAAACCUGUGGCCGGAGCAACCCCAAGGAUUCUAUCUUCUGCCCCCUGGGGUCCCCUUUAUUGAGCUGCUUCCAGUCAAGGAAGGAACCCAAGAGGAGGCAGCCUCCACGCUCCUUCUCACUGAUGCCCAAAGGGAGGAAGAGUAUGAACUAGUGCUGACCGACCACGCUGGCCUGACCAGGUGCCGUCUGGGAGAUGUGGUGCGGGUGGUUGGUGCCUACAAUCAGUGUCCUGUUGUCAGCUUCACCAGCAGGCUGGGACAGACUCUGUGUGUUCGAGGAGAAGUUACUGAUGAGAAGAUGUUCUCCGCUGCCUUGGCCCAAGCAGUAGGGCAGUGGCCAGGGGCCAAGCUGUUGGACCAUGCCUGUGUAGAGAGCAGCAUUCUGGACUCCUAUGACGGUUCUGCCCCGCACUACGAGGUGUUCGUGGAGCUGAGAGGAUUGAGGAAUCUGUCCGAGGAAAAUCGAGACAAGCUUGACAACUGCCUGAAGGAAACCUCCCCUCACUACAAGUCCUUGCGGCUCCGGGGCAGUGUGGGUCCUGCCAAAGUCCAUCUGGUGAGACCAGGGAGCUUCAGAAUACUCCGGGAAGCACUAGCAGCCUGCCCCUCCUCCUCCUUCCCUCCUGAAAUGCCUCGGGUCCUCAGGCUUCGUCACUUGGUGCAGAUCCUGCAGAAGAGGGUGAUAACUUAACCAAGGCAGCUGUUGCCAGGCUUCUCUCUGCCACCUCGCCCUUUCCUCUGGGGCAUCUCCAGAUGUUCAGUCCUGGACCAGACAUCACAGAAUACUGGCCCAUCAGAGCCACUGGGCCUUAGGGAGGCCUUUGGCUCAUUGGCUAGUUUUUUUGUAUGUUUUUGUUUUUUGUUUUUUUCAAGACAGGGUUUCUCUGUAUUGUUUUGGAGGCUGUCCUGGAACUCACUCUGUAGACCAGGCUGGCCUUGAACUCACAGAGACCCGACUACCUCUGCCUCCCAAGUGCUGGGAUUAAAGGCGUGCGCCACCACCGCCCGGCUCAUUGGCCGGUUUUAAGGUGGAGGCUUUGGGCAUACAACAGAACCCAGAAGUGCCCUACAACUUUCCCCCUCAGCCUACACUCUGUGACACUGAUGAGGAGCUCUGAUGCACCCUGGUGGCUUCCUGUAUCUCAGCCCCUUUCAUGUGCUUGGCCAGAGUAACAGCAUGGGCUGAACGUGUGGGUGAUGCUCCCAGAGUGGCUCCUUGAGGAGCAGGAGCAAAUGAAUAAAGACCUCAGCAUCAUUGUCUCCUGGUUGGAGGUAUAUCUUGCACAGUCUCCUGAAAGCAUGAGGCUGGCCCACGGGAGGGAUCCAGUGUUUAAUAUUCUUCCUACCAGCUCCUCCAUCCGUCCCUCCCUUGCCCAUUUUACCACUGGGCUCCCUGGAUCGACUCCCAAAUAAAACUCUUAAAAAUA